CUCCUCUUCCUCUUCCUACUCCUUUACAGUACAUUAAGACCAGACAAAAGAUCGUCAGUACUCACUGGUUUGUCAAAAGAUUCGAUACUUACUCUUUCAAGAUUAUACGAGCCGAAGAGAAAUACUUUAGGAUUAUCUUAAAAGACUAUAAAAAAUUACCUGAUUUCUAUACAAUUAAAAUUGUCCCACCUUUUCAACUCUUAUCAAAAUUCUUUACUAGUCAAAGUGAAUGCGGAAGACAAUGGAAUAUUAAUUUAUCUUGGCUAGGCUGUUCUGCUUAUAACUGCAAGAAUAGGCCUAAUUUCGAGCAAUUUUCUGCUGAUACCUUGGAAACAGGAUGUGACUCUUGCCGUAGAAAUUGCAACUAUAGCAUACCUACAACAACAAUACCUGUUACCCUUGUGAAACUCGUUCGUAAUCCUACUCCAAGGACAACACUUACUCCUAUUGUUAUUCAUUCUUGCGAAUUACAAUUAGGGAAGAUAAGAUCAUUUAGCAGUAGAAAUAUUGAUGGUUCUAGAGCGUGUAGUGGGAAUUUAUUGUUACUAACGACCUUUUCCAGUAAAAACAGUCCGUUAAUAUCUUUAUACGUUCAUCUCGACGAAACUGGACGUAGAGUUAUCGCUAUGCACUCGACAUCGAAUCAAUAUUCGUGCUUCCAAUCGGACGGUGGAUCUGGUCAAAUUACAUGCCAAUACUUCUACGAAAGAACUUUUUCCUUCAAUUAUCGUCAAGGUGAUGGCUCUGAUUGGCUACUAAUACAAUAUAAGAAUUUGAAUGGAGUUAUUGUUAAUGGCGGGGCUUGUAAUAAUGAGAUAAAGUGUAUACAAGUCAAUAGGAAAGAGCAACAAUGUAGGAUUGAGAAACCUUUAAUGAAUUCAUUAGUUUUUAUGUUUGGUGACUGGAGGAGUAAAAUAUAUAAACCAUACUAUAUUGGAGAAGGAGGUCACCAGUAUUGUUUGAAGGGUCGUCUCUUGGAUUCCGAUUGCAAGACUCAAAUUAGAACUUAUCGACAAGAUUUCAAUUGCAGACAGAAAGGCUUUGUAAGCAAGAGAAGUUGUUCCUUUCACGAAUGUGUUCCGACAAUUAAAUGCCGAACAGAACAACUGACAAACACUAUGUCCCUAAUAAGGUUUUCCUCCCUUAAGAAAGCUUUUGAACCAGGUGAGAGCGUCAUCGUAGCUUGUUCGGCAGGUUAUUACAUUUACGGUAUGUCUCAUACCGAAGCGAGAAUUGAAGCGAUCUGUAAAACUCAAGGCUGGAAUGCUAAGGUUAAUUGUGUCGAUAUAAACGAAUGUCAAUUACACGAAUUUAAGGAGAAGAGAAGAAAAAAGCCAAACUAUUGCCAAUCCUGUACUAAUUUACCGGGAACGUUUCGGUGCAGUUGUCAAAGUGGAUUUAUUCCCAAAACGGAUGAUCCUAUGAAUUGCAGGCCUAGAUGCAGAGAUGAUGAUUGCAAUGCCCCCUAUGGGAGAUGUAAUACUACGUCUGAAGUGUUUGCUUGUAUAUGUAAAGAGUCAUUUAAGGGGAAAACUUGUAAUAUUCCAGUUAAUCCUUGUUUAAGGAGUCCUUGUAUUCGUGGAACGUGUAGACCUCAAUCAAUUGGAAACACUCCACAGUUAAGAGCUGUUUGCACGUGUCUUAGAGGCUUUACAGGGGAAAAAUGCGAUAUUCCAAAUCCGUGCUUUAGUAACCCCUGUAACAAUAACGGUACUUGUGUCCAUGUCGAUAGAGGACAGAGAUUUGAAUGCAAGUGUUCUAAAAAAUAUGGCGGAUUAUUCUGUCAAAACAGAGUUUGCGAUAUAGAAGUUUGUCGUAACGGAAUUUGCGUAGACGAUCGCUGUAAAUGUCGUCCUGGUUACCAUGGGAAAUGGUGUAACGAAUUUGACAUUUGCGAAACGUUACCCUGUAAAAAUGGUGGAACUUGCAAACGUACCAGUCAUCUUUCGUACGUUUGUCAAUGCCCUAGAAGAUUUUUUGGUAUAAACUGUACUGAGGUGGACUAUUGCCACAGUAACCCUUGUCAGAAUGGAGGACAAUGCAGAGCUGUUGGAAACGCCUAUAAAUGUACCUGUAUAACCAAUAAACAAUUUAUGUAUUCAGGACCAAACUGCAAAAUAUCAAAACCGAAUCCCUGCUUCUCUAAUCCAUGCUGGAACGAAGGUGAAUGCAUUUAUAGUGAACGAAAAAUUAAUGGUCAAAACUUCAAAUGCGAUUGUCCAAGAGGUUACAUCGGUGAUAUUUGUCAAUCGGCAAGCCUGAAAUCCUGUUGUAACAUUUGGAAUAAUUUCAUAAGGACUUUUGAUGGUUACAUUCACAGGAGGAGGGAAAUUUGUAAAGAGAGUUUGAUUAUCGAAAAAAGAUCUUCAUUUAGAAUUGAUCUAAUUACAAAGGAUAGUUUUCCUGAUAAAUUUGGAUGGCCAGAAAGACAAAUCCGCCUUACGCUAAACAAUCCGCACAAGAUUAUUCACCUUACUCAAAAUCAGGUUCCCUAUGAAAAGAGUAAACAUUAUCAAAUAUAUAACAUGGCGAAUGGCAUGUCAAAAGUUCUUUGGAAAGGAGGGCAUGAGCUCUUAUUUGACCGAUUCAGGGGAUUAAAUAUUUGUUUAAAUGAGCGCCAGAGAAAUAGCUUUGAGUCGAAUGGCCUUUGCGGUAAUUUCAAUGGAAAUAAGAAAGAUGAUUUCAAUCCCGCAACGGUGAAAAGUUGUUCAAUAGUCCCACCUCCAACUUCAAAUUGUCUAACGAAAAUAAUUGAAGGCAAUACAAAGAGGUUUUUCGCUUAUUUUAUGAAUUCUGCAAAAUUAUGCUUUUCCUCUCCAAUCUGGAAUAGCAUUGACAUGGAAAAGCUAAUCAAAGAAGAUACUUGCGGCUAUUCAAUUGGAGCAUUGGAUUAUUCUAUAUGUUCAGAUUUCUUUAAUUUGAGAGGAAUCUGUAGGAUACCGUAUGAUAGUGUUCAAUGGAAUAAUGUUUGUGAUAGAAAAACUUGCGGACCAAAUUGUAAUGGCCGUGGCAUUUGCGUACCAAAAUUUCGCGGUGGCACCUGGUGUGUUUGUUAUAAGGGAUUUACAGGACCUUAUUGCGAAAAACAAAUAGCAACUCAACCUUGUACUUCUCAUCCUUGUCAGAAUGGUGGAACUUGUAGAAAUUCAGAAACACAUGACUAUACUUGUUCAUGUCGCGGAGGCUGGAUGGGGAAAACAUGUACGGAAAGAGACUGGAAAUGCUGCUCGUCAACCGGAGAUCCGCAUUUUAUCACUUGGGAUGGAGCGUUAUUCGAUUAUCAAGGUGUUUGUCGCUACGUUUUAGCCAGGAUCAAUAAUGAUAACGUGAGAAUUGAAAUUCGAGUAUCGACUAAGAAGAGUGAAAAUUUCGAUAAUCAAGUAUCAGUUACGGAUGAAGUUUAUAUAAAAGUAACAAAGAGUGGAUUCAAUACUCAAAGUUAUCUUUUGAGUAGUUUCCUGAAUAAAAACCAAACUCUACCAUUUUCAUCUGAUUCAAUUAUGAAAAUUACUAGCAUUGGUAAGAGAAUAAUAUUUCUUGCGGAGCAUAAAAACGACGCCGUAGAAGUGACGCUUACGUUAAGUGAUGUUCGAGAGGCCGAUGUUUGUAUUACUGGUAGUAAAGAGCAACUUAGAGACGGUAUCUGCGGUAAUGCCGAUGGUAUUUCCGGUAAUGAUUGGGUAAUGAGAAAUAGAAAAAGUAAAGUUCUUACAGAUAGCUUAGAAAAUGCUGAAUUAAUUGUUGAGAGUUGGAGAGAUAGUCGAAUGUCCUGUCCCCUUGUUAAAAAUCCACCACUUUGCCAAAGGAUCGACCCCUAUUGUCGUUCUCUACUUGAUAGUGAAGAUUUUGAUUCUUGUCGUCGAAGGCCUAACAGUGGUGUAUUCGACUACUAUAGAAGUUGCGCGAUGGAUGUUUGUCAUGGGAGUCCUAGCUUUGCUCGCUUCACCGCCUGCGAGAUUAUUCACGAAGUUGUCGUAAACGUUUGCGGUUUAAAGGAAGAUGUUUUGGCAAAGUAUUGUGGAAUUGGUGUUUGUUCUCCCAACAAAUGCAUUAAUGGCCGUUGUGAACCCAUCGGUAGUCGUCACCACGUGUGCGUAUGUAAUCAAGGAUACGGAGGAGAGUCUUGUUCGAUUCCACCUGCCACUAAUCCCUGUAACCAAGUGUCUAGGUGUAAAAAUGACGGUAUUUGCGUUGCCAAGGGACAAAGUAACUUUAGCUGCAAGUGUCAUCAUAACUAUAGUGAUAAAAUAUGUAGUAGGGGAGGCAGUCACUCUUGUUGUAUAAUACCUGCCGGGCCUCAUUAUAUUACUUUCGAUUCAGCUGUCAUCACCUUGUCGGGUGAAUGCUCUUAUGUCCUUUUAGAAGUUGAAAAUAUUCGAUUAAAAAUAUCAGUGACAACUAAAUCAAGUGGUCAAUUGGAACAAAUUAAAUUAAUGUACCAAUCAAAAAUAUAUCAUAUUGGACCUAACGAUAAGAUAAAAGCUGAUGGAAGAGAUAUAUCUCGAUUGGAUAGUCAAUAUCGAGAUGGAAAUGUUGUACUAUAUAGAGCAGCAUCCUCAAUUAUUGCCAAGAUAAACGAUCAAAUUCGAUUAGAAUACAACUCAAUAGGCAGCUUUAUGAUUUGUUUGCCUGCAUAUUACGAAAGAGCGGUAAAAACGAGAGGUCUUUGCGGAACAUACGACGGAGAUCCAUUCAAUGAUUUGCAUAGUAAAGAUGGUAAAAUUUUAAAAAAUGAUCUAAAUGGUAAACUGGAAUUUGGAAGAAGCUGGAAAAUUCCAGAUAAGACUUGCACGGAAGAAUUACUAAUCAGGGAAUGUUCCAAACAAGAUAGAAUACUUUAUAAGUCUCGCCAAUACUGCGGAACUUUAAUUGAUAAUGUAGGACCAUUUUCACAGUGCGAAAGGACUGUUAGACAAAAUUUCUUUGAAAUGUGUAUAAUGGAUUUAUGCAACAGACCAUCUAACUCAUCCAUUCACUCUGUAAUGUGUCCCAAAUACGGAACACUUAUGGAUAAAUGCUCUGAAAAACAUACAAUUGGAUUCCUUAGAGGACAUAUUUGCGCUCCAAAUGGCGUUCGUACUGCAACGGGAUUCUGCCGAAAUGGUGGAAAAUUCAUUAUGAUAGGAUCUUAUAGCUUUUGCGCUUGCCCGAACUUAUAUACAGGACGAUUCUGUGAAAAGCGUGAAUUUGACGUUUGCGCAUCAAUACCGUGUAAAAAUGGGGGGACAUGUUUACCGGAAGGACAAAACUUUGCUUGUAAAUGUCCAAUAGGUUAUAGAGGUCGAACAUGUGGAAAUGAAAGUUAUACGAUAUGUAAAAUACAAGGAGAACCUCACUAUGUAACUUUUGACGGUGCUGAAUUUGAUUCUCAAGGCUCUUGUCGUUAUUCGGCAGUAAUAUCUGAAUCCCCGAAAUUUACUGUUACUAUUAAUACAAAACAAUCUCCUCUAUUUACUAAACGUCUUUCAGUACUUCAUUAUGUUCAAUUGUGGCUAGAUGAGUUUGUUUAUCAACUCGGGCCAGGAAGGCAAUUCGUCCGUUUAAAGAGAGAUGACGUCUUCAACAGACAAAGUUAUUCAAUUACAAACAAAAAGACUCCAUCUGGUGGAGAAGUUCAUGGCAUUUUCUAUAAUCUUCCUAUUAACAUUAGUGACUAUUUAACGGUUCAAGAUCACUCAAGUUUCAUAACUUUAAAUUAUAGACAUUUAGUAGAAAUUGAUUAUUUCCCAACGGACGAAUACACAUCAAUAGGAAUAAAUUACGAAUUGAGGUCAAAAGUUAAUGGUUUGUGCGGUGAUGCUAAUGGAGAUAGACGUAACGAUUUUAGGGAAAAGAACGGUAAAUUACUAAAUGAAUCUUUAAGAAGUGGAGAAAUUAUAGCUCAUUCUUGGAUUGAUAUUAGCCAACCGAAUUGUGUAGCUCCACCCCCUCACCUUAUAACAUCUAAGGAUUGCAUAAAUGACGAACAUCCUCUAUGCAAUCUGAUUCUAUCUGAAGAAGAAUCGAAAGUUUGUGGUGAGAGUGUUAGUGUUGAUACAGCUCAUAGAAAUUGUAAAUUGGAUACAUGUUUCGCCGAUGAGAAUUACAGGAAAUUUUUUGCUUGCCAAAGCAUCAGAGACUUUUUAUUUGAUUGUCAAAGAAGUGGUUAUACUAUGGAGUCGUUUAAAGCAAUAGCAGUUUCCGAAUGCAUGAUCGAUAAACCAUGCUCUGAAUUGGAGGAGGGUCAAUGCGCUUUUGGAACUUGUGGCAAAAUGUUUGACGGCCAUAUUUGUUUCUGUCACAAAGGUUAUAGGGGUCCCAAAUGCGAUAUUACAGUUGAUAUUUAA